UUCAGCGAACAUUAAUGGAUUUCUGUUGUGUUUAAAUUCUCUACAGAUUGAAUUGUAAAUAUUUUAUGAAGUAGAUCAUAUGUAUAUAUUUAUAUAUACGAGCACAUACAUUACUAGCACAAUCUUUUAAUGUUGCAGCUCCUGCUUUUGAGAACCGAAGUGAGUUUUUUACGAUAAGAGGGGCUGCCUGUAUGGAAGACACUCCUAAGUUUUGUAUUUUGUUGGGACUUUAAACAAAACUGACCUGAAAGAAAGAAAAGCAAACUGAGAGGCAAUUACCUGCUGGGACUUGCAAAUCUAGUUUUUGCUGGUCAUUUUGUUGUUAUUGUUGUUGUUCUGCGCAUAAAUAUUUUAGGACGUGUUCGGGAAUUUUGCCUCUGGGACCGUUUGUAAUAGCCAAAGACUGAACUUCAACUCUGAAAGCGAGGCUCUUUUGGGAGCAUCCGUCUUUAGAUUCUGGUUGCCCACUCUUUAAUGCGCUAAUCGGCCAGUUGUUAGCCCUGUUUGGGUGAGACCGAUCCGACUAACUAGAACUCAGUCCGGGACUGUUGGUAAUUUACACUCCCUCCUCCCCCACCACCCUCCGGUAGUAAUAAAGGUUCCUGAACUUGUAUGUUGAUCUCCCGGGAGCUGCUUGAAGAAGAUCCGAUCCCGUGUUGCCGCCUAGUAGGAGCUGUUUUCAGGGUCCGUACUCAAUCGGCUUGUUGUGAUGCGUAUCCCCGUAGAUGCCAGCACGAGCCGCCGCUUCACGCCGCCUUCCACCGCGCUGAGCCCCGGCAAGAUGAGCGAGGCGCUGCCGCUGGGCGCCCCGGACGGCGGCGCCGCCCUGGCCAGCAAACUGAGGAGCGGCGACCGCAGCAUGGUAGAGGUACUAGCUGACCACCCGGGAGAGCUGGUGCGCACCGACAGCCCCAACUUCCUCUGUUCCGUGCUACCCACUCACUGGCGCUGCAACAAGACCCUGCCCAUCGCUUUCAAGGUGGUAGCCCUGGGGGACGUUCCGGAUGGCACUCUGGUCACCGUCAUGGCAGGCAACGAUGAAAACUACUCGGCGGAGCUGAGAAAUGCUACAGCAGCCAUGAAGAACCAAGUGGCGAGAUUCAACGACCUCCGGUUUGUCGGUCGGAGUGGCAGAGGCAAGAGCUUCACCCUGACCAUCACUGUCUUCACAAACCCACCGCAAGUUGCCACCUACCAUAGAGCCAUCAAAAUCACAGUGGACGGCCCGCGAGAACCCCGAAGACAUCGGCAGAAACUAGAUGAGACCAAGCCUGGGAGUUUGUCCUUUUCCGAGAGGCUCAGUGAACUGGAGCAGCUGCGGCGCACGGCCAUGAGGGUCAGCCCGCACCACCCAGCCCCCACGCCCAACCCUCGGGCCUCCUUGAACCACUCCACUGCCUUUAACCCGCAGCCUCAGAGUCAGAUGCAGGAUGCGAGGCAGAUCCAGCCAUCCCCACCGUGGUCCUACGAUCAGUCUUACCAGUACCUGGGAUCCAUCACCUCCUCUUCCGUGCACCCGGCAACGCCCAUCUCACCUGGCCGUGCCAGCGGCAUGACAAGCCUCUCUGCGGAACUCUCCAGUCGACUUUCAACGGCCCCGGACCUGACAGCCUUCGGCGACCCGCGCCAGUUCCCCACGCUGCCGUCCAUCUCCGACCCGCGCAUGCACUACCCUGGCGCCUUCACCUACUCGCCGCCAGUCACGUCGGGCAUCGGCAUCGGCAUGUCAGCCAUGAGCUCUGCCUCUCGCUACCACACCUACCUGCCGCCGCCCUACCCAGGCUCGUCGCAGGCCCAGGCCGGGCCCUUCCAGACCAGCUCGCCCUCCUACCACCUGUACUACGGCACCUCCGCCGGCUCCUACCAGUUCUCCAUGGUGGGCGGCGAGCGCUCGCCCCCGCGCAUCCUGCCGCCCUGCACCAACGCGUCCACGGGCGCCGCGCUGCUCAACCCCAGCCUCCCCAGCCAGAGCGACGUGGUGGAGACCGAGGGCAGCCACAGCAACUCGCCCACCAACAUGCCCCCCGCGCGCCUGGAGGAGGCGGUGUGGCGGCCCUACUGAGCGCCUUCGAGGGACUGAACCCGGCUGCACCUGCCGUCCACGCACAGACCCCCCGCCAGGAGGGCCCUUGGAGGCCAACAGGAAGAUUCCCGGAGGGAAACUGUGAAUGCUUCUGAUUUAGCAAUGCUGUGAAUAAAAAGAAAGAUUUUAUACCCUUGACUUCACUUUUUAACCACGUUGUUUAUUCCAAAGAGUGUGGAAUUUUUUUUGGUUCUGGGUGGGGAAGACAUAGCUCAUCCAGUUUGGCAUUUAUUUCUUAUUUCGGAGUUACUUUUCCGCACCUUAUCAACUGCAAAAAAAUGUGUGUUUGCAUCUGGGUGGUCGAUAUUUUUAAAUAUGUAUAGAUCUGAGCUUGCUACUUUCUUCCUUUGACCAACUGAAAGAAAUACGGUUCCCUUCUCUACGUUUUAUUUAACUUUUGGACUUUCUUGUAGCUGGGAUUUUGGUUUUUCUUGUUUUUUUUGUUUGUUUUGUCUUUUUUUUUUUAAGAUACAGCUACAACUUUGGGUCAUUUUUUAACUACUGUAUUUCCACAAAGAAAUCCCUAGAUAUUUAUGUAUCGAUGUUUGAACAUUUGCAUAUGUGUUGAUACUUUUUUAAUUAUUUAAAUGUACUUAUAUUAAGAAAAAUAUCAAGUACUACAUUUUCCUUUAUAAUAGCCAAAGUUAAAUGUUAUUGCGUUGAUGAUGGCUGGAGAAAAAAACAAAGGGUGGGUUGUGGCGGCUUGGUUACCUAGAGAUACUGUUUACAUUAAAUCCCUUUUAUGUUUUUCAAACAAGUUGGUAGCUAAUGCAGCAAUGUUUUCAAUCCGAUUUUAGACACUGGGGGUCACUCCAAGGAUCAGAAGUACAAAAUUUUAUGCCAGGCUCAACAAAGGGCCUCAUACCCGGCUCCUCCCCUUCAAAAAGAAAGGCAAAACUCCCAAAGGGUUCAGAGAGGUGCCAGUGAUUAUAGCUCCGAUGAGAAUUUUAUUUCCGCCUGGAGGUAUGCUUGCCCCAAGGCCUUCUGAUUCAGGCAUGCUUUAUAAGGGAGCUCAUUCAGGUAAACUGGCGGACCCCAAAUCAGCAAAUAUGAUCCUCUAAUUGCCUUCCACUACCAGUUCCUGCUCAUUGACGAAAACCAAAACUUGUGGCUGCACCCCAAAGACCAAAAUAGAAGGGGUAAUAGUGCCUUUGAGGCCCAGUGGCUGAGUUUUAAGAGAGUGUACCCCAAAAGCCUGAAUGAGCCAGUUGUGGGAGACACCCUGUCAACCCAUGCAGGGUGCUUAGGGGAAGCUGCUCGCUCACCAGCGUCUCCGAGUUGCUUCCAGCAGGCUGAUCCCCUAAUCUUUGGGGUCUGUGCACUUUAUCUGUGCAUCAGCAUGAUAAGGAAGAUUCGUGUCUCUGCAGUCCAUGCUACGGUUCAAACGGAUACCACAGUCACUGUAGAUGUGAUGGCACUCUCGUUAUAGUGGAGGACUUGGUCAAAAUUCAGUCGUUCUACAACGUAUAAACCCUAACUGCUGAUUUUGACAUUUGUGUGUUCAAACUGAUCUGGUUGUUUUUAAUGUACCUCUUAAAUUAGUUGAAAUGAUGUCAGGUCAAUUCCGAGGGGCGUUUGAAAGCAGGACUUCAGAACAGUGUAGGAUUUUUUAUUAUUAUUUUAUAAAUUUAAGCAUUCAGAUUAGAUCUUUGGCUGCAGGCAGCGAAAACAGCUGGACUUAUUUAAAAAUACAACUUGUUUUUGAAUUAUCUAUAUCUAUAAAUAUAUAUAUAUAUAUUGAUUCUUUGUUUUCCACGGAGCACAGCACUUUGGUAAGAGGCUAGCCUGUGCUAGCAGGCUGUCCCUGUCUGGAGAGGAGCUGCAGGAGAAAGGCGAUUAGAUUUCCACAGCGGGCACAGCUCCCCCACCAUGCAGCUGCACCGCUGGCCCACAGCACGAUCUACAGCUAUGCUGUUGUAAAAAUAAAAUCUCAAUUUCUGGAAAGGACCAUUGGUUUAUUUCUCCAAAGGUAGAUGUUCCUCUUAGCAUAGGCCAUAUCUGGCCUAAGAAAAUCCUAGGGAAAGACAAAGGAAGAAGAUUUCUAUUUUCUCAUGUUAAUUCUGAUACCUGAAGGUACUCUAGCCCUCUGAGAGGGACCAGAUAACCUCACACUUGGAAUCUUUGUCCCCAAAACCGUGCAUCAGCUUCUCAUUUUUUUGUUGUAGAUGGCCUGGUUAGCCGUUCAGUGCUUCCUCAACCCUUACCAGCAUACACAGAAUUUAGUCAUUUCAGAAAAGAAAGAAAGAAAGAAAAAAGCAGUCCGGAACUCAUUGUCUUGGAGAUAAGAUUCCACAUGGCGCAUGAGAAAUUGUGUUCAUUGCCUUCAGGUACAUCAUGGUGGCUUCCUUCACUGUCUUCAGUAAGACCCUAAGCCAGUUCUGAGAUAAGUGGGGCCGUUGGGGUACUGGUCCAGGAAAAGAAAGCUGGAAUAAGUCAUUUCUACUGCUUCCUCCGGCCCCUACUUAGGAUUUUAACACACACUUCAGUUUCUUCUGUUUUUCUCACCCUCUGUGUUCUCCAAUAUUUCUUCUCUCUUUUCUCCUCCGUCCUCCAAACCCUACCUCCUCCCUCCUGCAUGCUUUCUAAGGAGACAUCACACACACACACACACACACCCCACACACACACUACCCCAUACCAAGUGUUCCAGAACACAGGUGAUCCAGUACUCCGUUUGCAUAAAGAACAGGGUGAGUCUGCCGUUCCCUUGCUCACACACACACACACACACACACCACACACACACACACACCACUACCCCAUACCAAGUUUUCCAGAACACAGGUGAUCCAGUACUCCGUUUGCAUAAAGAACAGGGUGAGUCCGCCGUUCCCUUGCUCACACACACACACACACCACACACUACCCCAUACCAAGUGCUCCAGAACACAGGUGAUCCAGUACUCCUUUUGCAUAAAGAACAGGGUGAGUCCGCCAUUCCCUUUGCUCACACGUUUCUUCCAACAGAACAGAGGAAUUGCCAGCCGCCCUGGAUCUGCUUGCUGUCCAGAUCCGGCAGCGGAAAGCUCCGAAACUCACAGCCCAUGGCUGAGUGGCUGCCCUUCUGCCCAAGCACCAGUGCAACAAGCAUGCUCAGACGGGCAAGAGAGAAGCGGUUUCCCUCCAAAGGCCUGCAAUUGAUGAUUGCAGAUUUUUUUUUUCUUGAAAUACCUUUUUCCUGGGACAUUCAGUCCUAGGGUAUUUUUUGGUUUUGAUAGUUU